AUGGUCAGCAAACCCUCAAAACAAUCAGGUCCGCAUGCUACUAGCGAUGCUGGCAAAGCCAAUGAUACCCAGCGCGUCAGGAAGCGCGACGUAAUCCGCGAGAUCUUCGGCUUCUCCAAAUCCAAGAUCAAAGAGGUCGAUACCGCAGUCACUAACCUGGCAGUGAGUGCUCAAAGCCCUCUUCAAGUUGUGGGACCGCCUACUGCAUCCUCAGCCAGUGACGUUCACUCAGUUGCCGACCUAGCUGUCACAUCUACCCCUCCUGUUGACAAGUCCCUUCCUGCACCUGUUGAAACCAAGAGGAUCUCGAAUAUCUUUCUCGAGAACUUGCCUGCGCCUAUGAUGAAGAUUGAGUUGCCUGCCGUCCAGGAUCGCAUUGAGGUCACCCAGCAGUUGGCCUAUUGCAGUGCCUUGCUACUCCACGGUCCAUCUCCUCCACAAGCCACCGCUGCUGAACUUGAAGAGCAGGCCCGCGAUCCUGCCAUAACACUGCAGAGGUUCCCAAACCUCGACAAGAAGGAACUUGAUUGGCUUGCACAGAUGGACAAGAACUUGCCUGCGAAGGAACGUAUCUACUGGCUGGGAACACGCAUGGUCGACGAGUUUGCCAAGGAUGUCCUCAAAGACUCGACCGAGAUUGCCGAGAUUGUCCUUCUUGGUCCUGUCUUGGACAAUGAGACUUACCGCAGCCUGCUGUCGUGCACCAUCACCGCAUUCGAGCAGUCUGUUCUUCUGAAUAUCGAUCUCCUGCAAGGCGUAGUUCAGUUGGUCCAAGUGGCCCCUACAGGGUCCCUGGUCUCUGACGACUUGGUCAAGAUCCUCCGAGUCCUUAGGAUUUGCUUGCAGGACACCCACCAGCAGUCCUCGGCGCACCCUUUUCAUCUCACAUUGGCACUGUCGCGACUUCUUGACGUGAUGGCAGAGCACAAGGUCAAGGAUUUGAACCGUGUCGAGGAUCAUGAGCCAUUGUCAGGAAUCUUGUCAGGACUGAAGGGUAGCUCGGAUCCGUACCUGAUGUACCAGGCAUGCUAUGCGUUCCAGGCGUUGCAGUAUGUCCCUGAUGAUGAGAGCGCUCUUCAAUCAGUUCUUCGACACGGGACCGGGGUUGUCAAUGGCCUCAUCCAGGUUUCUGGUGUAUUCAAGCUUGAUCUGGGAGCAGUUCUUGAGGGUCUAAGCAACCUUCAAGACGCACUUGGUGACAUCAUGGGAGUUGCUAGUGAUGUCUACAAGGGUGUGAACUCUGUGAUGGAGAGCGGCCGCGGAGUUCUGGAUGGUCUCAAGGAAGGAUUCUCUGAAGGAAAGAAGCGGCCAUGGUACGCAGCCAUCCGUGUUGCUCAGGCUCUCCUCCAAGCUGGCCAGCUGAAGGACCUCAAUCAACUCAUAUACGAGGCACCUUGUCGUGGUGACCCCUUGUUCCAAUGGGGUAUCUGCCAGCUUCUCGGAGAGAUCGCAUCCGAUGUCAUUUGGGAUACCAAUGUCCGCCAGCAAGCCAUCAACUUUCUCGGAGACCUAUACAAGAACGAUUCACAAUGGGGGAAGGAUGAGAGCGUCAAGACCUGGAUGAUUAACAUUAUUGGACAACUCAGUACCAUUCCUGACCAGGCCGUCAACACCAUCGCCAUUGCCUUACUCAAAGACCUCCGCCAGGAUCAAAGUACCACCACCACCCGACUUCCUUACCCACUGAGGAACCGCCUUCCUCUGCCUACAUCGUCUCCAAUCCUCGCCCGCGUUCAAAACAUUACACCCCUCGAAUACGAUUUGUGCCAAUAUCAACUUCAGCGAUUGCAGCAGCACCACCAGACAGUCUAUAUUUCACCGUUGGCGAAACCUAGCCUGAAGGCUAAGGAUGAGGAUAUCUUUCCUCUGCUGGAGAAAGUCCUGGAGUUCUUAGCGAGCGAGCGACAAGUGAUUUUGGUACUGGGUGACUCUGGAUCUGGUAAAUCGACAUUCAACCGCCAUCUCGAACAUCGACUGUGGACCGACUACAAACGAGGCGGACCUAUCCCCCUGUUCAUCAACCUUCCCGCCAUCGAUCGCCCAGACCAGGAUUUGAUCGCCAAGCAUCUGAGGGCCAACAAUUUCAGCGACGACCAGAUCCAGGAGAUGAAGCAGCACCGCGAGCUCAUACUCAUCUGCGAUGGGUACGACGAGAGUCAGCAGCAGGACAACCUUCAUCGAAGCAACACGCUGAACCAACCAGGACAGUGGAACACCAAGAUGAUCAUCAGCUGUCGCACCCAGUUCCUCGGACCCACCUACGUCGAUCGGUUCAAACCGCAGCCCACAGACCGGUACGCCACUGGUUCUCAGGAUGUCUUCCAGGAAGCUGUCAUCACCCCCUUCUCCAAGGAUCAGGUCAAGAGCUAUGUCGAACAGUAUGCUCAAGAUCCACAGACGGUGCUUUUAUUCAGAAAUCAGUCUGCCUGGUCCUCGGAGGAGUACAUGUACAAGUUAACGGCUAUCCCCAAUAUCAUGGAUCUCGUCAAAAACCCAUUCCUGCUCACCCUCGCUCUCAAGGCUCUGCCUGGCCUGGUCUCUUUGAACAAGGAUCUUGCGAGCAUUCGCAUCACCCGCGUUCGCCUUUACGAUAUGUUUGUAGACCAAUGGUUGGAGACGAACCGACUACGCAUCCAACCCAACAAGCUGAGCCAGAAGGACCUGGAAGCGUACACCUCCCUAAUGGACGACGACUUUAUUGGAUGCGGGAUCGGCUAUUUGCUUCGUCUAGCUGCGGCCAUUUUCAAGGAGCAGGACGGCAACCCGAUCGUCCAGUACAACCAUCGACAGGACAAGUACUCUUGGAAGACGGAUUUCUUUGGGAAUGAUCCCGAGGCCAAGUUGCUCCGUGAGGCAUCUCCAUUGACGCGCACCGGCAACCAGUUCCGCUUUGUACAUCGAUCGGUGCUGGAAUAUCUUUUGUCUCGCGUCAUCUACAACCCGGUCGAGACUGUGGAGGGAGACAUGGAUCCAGAAUCUGAGACUGCAUCUCCCACCGCUCUCUUGUCGGACUGCAACAACCCCUUGUUCCAGAAGAACCUACAUGGCGAACCAUCCAUCAUCCAGUUCCUGUGCGAUCGGGUCAAGUCAAGCCCAGAUUUCGAACAACAACUCCGGGCUGUGAUCGACCUUUCCAAGACCGAUGCCGCCGUCACCACCACCACUGGCGCUACCAACGCCAUAACGAUCCUAGUUCGAGCUGGUGUGGUCUUUCAUGGUGCCGAUCUCCGUGGUAUCAGGAUCCCUGGUGCCGAUCUUUCGGGUGGCCAGUUUGACUUUGCGCAGUUCCAAGGAGCAGAUUUGACGGAUGUCAAUCUUUCGAGGACCUGGUUGCGGAAGGCGGAUUUGAGCGGCGCAACGAUGGAUGGUGUCCAAUUUGGGGAACUCCCGUACCUGGAGUUUGAUAGCAUUGUGGUUGCCUGUGCCUACUCGUCUGAUGGAAGAAUGCUUGCCGUGGGUGGAGGGCUUUCGAGAAUUGGCAUUAGCAUUUACGACACUUCAUUAUGGACGCAGGCCUAUUCCUUUAGUGCGCCGUAUAACAUGCUAACUAUGGCAUUUUCACCCGACGGCACAAGGGUCGUGUUUGGAGGGGAGGAUGGAUUGGUUAGGCUGUGGUAUUGUGUCAGCGACCAAGAGAUGUUCGUCAUGGAAGGGCACAAGCGCAGAGUGAACUCCGUUGCUUUUUCUCCCUGUGGCGAGCAAAUCGGCUCGGCCGGAGAUGACCAAACAGUUCGAGUGUGGGAUUCGUAUACCAAAGAGAGUCUCUUUGUCUUGGAGGGUCACACGAGCGAAGUCUCGAGCGUCAAGUAUUCUCCGAGCGGAGAGUGGUUGGUGUCGGGUGGCUCCGAUGGGACGAUUCGGUUUUGGAACUCGGAGACAGGAGAGCCAGGGGUCGUUUUGGACUCUUCCUUGGGUGAGGUUUGCACUCUUGCCCUUUCUACUAAUGGACGGUGGAUUGUUUCUGGCCAUUGGGGGGGCGGAUUGCGACUUUGGCAUGCCGUGUCUGGAGAGCCAGGUCCUGUCUUACAUGGUCAUACCGGAGGUGUUACGGGCGUUGCGUUUUCUCCAGACAGCCGGUGGAUCGCUUCUUCUUGUAACGACAUGACAGUGAGACUAUGGGACGCCUCGACAGGCACUCCCAUUAACACGCUGUCAAGCCAUAGGGCCACUGUGAACGAUGUUGUCUUUUCUCCGAAUGGUCUUCAAAUCGCAUCAGGUGGUACUGACGCCAGGGUGCGACUGUGGGAUGUCGACUCUACCUUGACGUCGAGUGUUGAGCAGCAGGAUCAACUGGAAGCUAUACAAAGGACGAUGUACUCCCCGAAUGGUCAAACUAUCCUCGUGUUCGGCAGCAACUAUACCAGCAGCAGCCAAACCGUCCUGCAAUGGGAUUCUAUAACAGGAGCGCCUAUACCUCUUUCGAUCGAGUUACCAAAACAUGUAUCAGUCGAGUCUGUGUCAUAUUCAUUAGACGGCAUCCCAACCGCGGCCGUCGAUCAAGACGGGACUCUUCAAUUGUGGGAGCUUCAGGAAGGAAGUCCAAAGACUAUUCUGGAAGGCUCCAGAGCGGCGAGGUACGUUACCAUGUCGCCUUGCUGUCGUUGGAUCGUGUCUGCUGACCGGGACAAUACCGUGAUGUUGUGGGACCUUGACAACACUCAACAAAAGCACGUACUUAUUGAGAAUGGCGGAGUCAAUCAAGAGGAAAUCUGUUGCUUGGCAUUCUCGACGACAGGACAUCAGCUCGCAGUCGGCGCUGAGAAUGGCGACAUCUGGCUCUUCGGUCCUCAAUCGAAAGGUCUAAUAACGUUCAAGUCGACACAUUGGGGUAUUGCGGCGAUGUCGUUUUCGCCGGACGGCCAGCAGCUUGCGGUCGGAACCUACGAGGGCCCGAUCUACCUUUGGGGCGUACAGUCAGAGGGGCGUACUAUCAAGCUGAGAGGACACGCCGAGGCGGUGCAAUGCAUUGCCUACUCACCUUGCGGCGAAUGGAUUGCUUCCGGCAGUUGGGACUAUACAGUUCGAGUCUGGCGCAGGCGGCGACCACCAGGCGAUACGGAGACCUGGUCGUGUGUCUCGACGGUCUAUGGUUACUUUGGCAUAGUCAGUGACAUUGCCUGGAGUCCAAUCGUCCCUAUGGAAUUUGUCGCUGGCUGCAGAGACGAAUCUGUCCGAGUCUGGCGAGUGUCGAGCGAUGGUGAGGAUGUUGUUGUCAAGCUACUCUGGGGUACCAAUCUUGCGGUUCUCUGCGCCGACGGUCUUGUGCUCAAGGGAACGACUGGUCUUGGAUUUACGGAGCAGAAGUUGUUGGUCCAGUGCGGCGCCAUUGACGACUCUUUGACGGAAGGAGACAAGCAGGAUGACUACAUGGGCUCCGAAGGAGUUGAAUCUAAUGAUGAGGAGUAG